AUGAAUUUAACUAAUCUUGAUCAAGCAAUCAAAUAAUUUGAAAGCCCCAAUUAGACCAACUAAGGUUUAAAAAUUACAGAUAUGGAAUGUAAAUCAGAAUAGAAGUUUGAUAUAUUAGAGAAUGUUUAGAGUAAUAAACGAUUAAAACAAUAUUCAAAAGAACAAUUAGAAUUAAAUAAACAAAAUAAUUGGGCAAAUGCUUAUUACUAAACUUAAUAAGGGAAUGAAAAUGUAGAAGAAAAUAAUUCUUAAAAUUUAGAAUAAAAUUGUUAUGGUUUUUUUGGUGAUGAUAACAAGAAUGCUUCCAAUUAUCCCAAUUUUGUUAAUUAAAGUUAUAAAUUGUUUGCCAGUGUCUAACAAGUCAUUGAUAUGCAAAGACUUUUUGAACUUGAAAAAAAUGAAUUAGAAUAAAGGAUUACAUAACAAAGAGUUCGCGAUGAACUUAAUUUAAGAUAAAAAUUGGCUGAAUAUGAAUUAAAUGUAAAAUAAUUUAUGGUUCAAAGAAACGAAUUCGAAAAGAAGUUAUAAGAAACACAACAAUUAUUUAAAUUAUCUAGUGUAAUUGAUUAAAGUGAUAAUCACUAAGAUAUUAUUAUGAAAUUAAUUUAAGAAAAUUAAGCAUUAUCUAUUAAUUCUAGCAAUAUAAUAAAAGAAUAAAAAGUUAAAUAAAAGGAAUUAGAAUUAAAAGUUGAUCAUCUGAUAGAAUUUUCGGAUAAGAUAUUUAAAUUUGAAAUAAAAUUGUAGGAAGAAGAUAAAUUCAAUAAAAUAAUCAAUUAACCAAUUAAUUGA